AUGUUACCUAAAGUGUUGGUUCCAACGCUUCUAGCCUCUAUUGGCACAUUGAGUGGAUUGGCAUCUGCCUUUCAAAAUACGGUGCCAUUCAUUGUCAUAUCCAACACUAGAGGGCCUUCUUCCACGCAUCAGUCGGAGUUCUCUGGUCUCGAAACACCCAAGUCGUGGUCAUUGGUUAGUGUUGUGGAAGGUGUAGAGGGGUUGGUUAAAUCUUGUUCGUAUGAUACAUAUAUUGUUGUCAAACAGUACAAUGCCCAGGACUCCGACUUGUCAAUCUCCAAUAUGCCACACUUGGCAGACCUAGCUAAUAAUGCUAAGUACACUAAGAAGUUCGAGUCAUUGUAUUCUGAUAAAAACGUUCCUUAUCUGACCCAGUUCCUGGUGUCGAAUUAUAUUACCAAUACUUGUCCUGUUGAAGUCGUUCGUGUUGAUGGCGAUACAGGAUCUGUCGACGCCAAUAUUCAUGUCGAUGCCACUCCCAGACUUUACGAAUUGGAGAUGCCUAUUGAAUCCUAUGACAAAGAUAUUCGCGCCAAGGUAGUUAGAGACACUGAUAACAUUAUUUACUCCAUUAUUUCGACUUUGCCUUCACCCAAUUUUGUUGUCAUCUAUAGUGGUGAAGUCCAACCUGAAAACUUGAUUUUCAGCGAUUCAUCUCAACAGAAUCCGAAGAUAUCGGUCAGCGUUGAGGAUGUGCUUGAAGAGAGUACUAAAACUAGUGAAGUUAACAACAGCGAUGCUACUAAACUGACUGUAACUCACGCAUCUGCUUCAUAUACCUCACUGUUUCACGACUACCAGUUCUUCUCCCCUGGUGUAUGGAUGGGCUCUCUCGUUUCUGUUCUUUUCCUCACUAUUUUGUACAUUGCUUUAUCAUGGCUCUCAAGUCUUCAAGUAUCAUACAAGGCUUUUGAACCCGCUCCAGUUUCGUACUCUGAGAAGCAUUAA